ACCCAGCUGGAAUCAUGGCUGAAUGGAGAUUUGAACUCGGGUCUCCCCGGUCCUAGUCCAGCACUCUAACUACUACACCAUGCUGGCUCCUUGUGACAGUGUCCUUAAAUUUUAAAAGGAUGCAGAUGGGUGUCGAGAAGAACAGUGAAAUAUGGUCAAGGGCCUGUGAAACGAGCACUGAGAGGACGGACGGGGACGUGAUGGCACUCUGCAAAUCCCUAAAGAGCUGUCCCACACAAAGCGGGAAAGCAGGAACAAGAAGCAGAGAAUUGACUCCAGGCAGCUGGCAGGCAAGGUGGAUCCUCUCCAGUCAGCAUUUCUGGCCUUGCUGAAUGGCUGAGAAGGAAUAGGAAGGACCAAACCAUCAUGGGCUGUACCACGACAGACCUCUGCUUCAACUCAGCAUCAGCACGGAGGACUCUACUCUCCUGGCCAAGGAUAGCGAUGAGGAUGAGGAGGUUGCCGUCGGAGUGGACCGUGACCACUUCAUGGAUGAGUUUUUUGAACAGGUGGAAGAGAUCCGGGGCUUCAUCGACAAGAUCGCGGAGAAUGUGGAAGAGGUCAAGCGGAAGCACAGCGCCAUCCUGGCAGCCCCCAAUCCCGAUGAGAAAACCAAGGAAGAACUGGAGGAGUUGAUGUCCGAUAUCAAGAAGACGGCCAACAAAGUGCGCUCCAAGCUAAAGAGUAUCGAACAGAGUAUCGAACAGGAAGAGAGCCAGAACAGGUCGUCGGCUGAUUUGAGGAUAAGAAAGACACAGCACUCCACCUUGUCACGGAAGUUCGUGGAGGUGAUGUCGGAGUACAACGCCACCCAGUCGGACUACCGGGAGCGCUGCAAGGGGAGAAUCCAGAGGCAGCUGGAAAUCACUGGGAGAACCACCACCAGCGAGGAACUGGAGGACAUGUUGGAGAGUGGAAACCCAGCGAUUUUCUCCUCUGGGAUCAUCAUGGACUCCAACAUCACCAAGCAGGCACUGAACGAGAUUGAGACGCGGCACAGCGAGAUCAUCAAACUGGAAAACAGCAUCCGGGAGCUCCAUGACAUGUUCAUGGACAUGGCCAUGCUGGUGGAAAGCCAGGGCGAGAUGAUCGACCGGAUCGAAUACAAUGUGGAGCACUCGGUGGAUUACGUGGAGAGAGCUGUUUCAGACACCAAGAAAGCCGUCAAGUACCAGAGCAAAGCCAGGCGGAAGAAGAUCAUGAUCAUCAUCUGCUGCGUGGUCCUGGGCAUCGUCAUCGCCUCCACCGUUGGCGGGAUUUUCGGCUAGGGCGGCCGCACGGACUCUCAUCCAGCGGGAGCAUGGAGAAUCAGAGUUGAAAGGAAGCUUGGAGGUCUUCUUCUCCGACCUUCUGCUCAGGGCAGUCGUCGCCUACGACAUCCGUGACAGAUGGGUGUUCAGCCUCUGUUUGAAAACCUCUAGAGGAAGAGAGCCCUCCAUUUCAUGAGGCAGACUGUUCUACUGUCCAACUGUUAUUGGCCUGGUCCACACAGUCUUUCAAAUCUAAGGUUAAUGUGGGUUACUGUGACUGCAUGAACCCACACCAAGGUGGUUUAGGGCCCGAGAUGUAUCGGAGAUCUCCAUCUUGACAUAGAUUGAGGUAAUUACACUAAUGUUGGAAACCCACAUUAAACCUAGACUUGAACAACAAUAAUUAUCUUUAUGUAUUAUCCACCCCAUAACAAAUUGUUCCCUGGGCGGUUCACGACACAGGAUUAAAACAUACAAUAAAAUUUUUUGUUUUGUUUUUAACUAAUGUUUUACCUUUGUUUUUAUCUUGUUAUAAACCGCCCAGAGACAUAAGUUUUGGGCGGUUUAAAAAUAUGUUAAAUAAAUAAUAUCAAAUCAAAUCAAAUCAAAUAGCACAUUAAAUCAUAACAGACAAAAAGGGAGAAAAGAAAGCCAUUUUUAAAACUCAUUGUAAAAUUAGCUAGAAAUCAAAUCAGAUCUGAAAAUCGGAAUUUAAAAGGCCUGGGUGAACAAAAUAAUGGAUAGGAUAGAAUGUUAUUGAUCAGUCAGUUGGACAUAACAGUUGACUGUAGAUUUUAAAACUAAGCAAAGAUAGUACAGUAAGUUCAACCAAAAAGCACCAUAUCAAACCACGGCAGGUCUGAAACCAGGGCAAAAUGAAACCGAGAUUUAAACCCAUUUGGACCAGAUCUAAACGAUUGCAUGAACCAGGCCAUAGGAAGACCUUGUGCCUGUUGAGAUGAAAACCAUCCAAAUGUCUCCAUUCUCUUAAAUAAAUAAAUAGAAAAUGGCUAAGCACAGCAAGACAGUAGUCACUCCUGUCCAUCAAAGUCGUCCCCGGGCAUUAUGAUUUUAGGUAAUCCUCAAGGGUUUGCAUGUGCACCCAAAUGAAAGCACAGUUCAGAUGUUAUGUUUGCACGUGUGCAUGCAUCUGUACAUAGGCCAGUUCAGAACAUCCAUUAAUUGCGGGGGGGGUCAUCUGAAUUGCCCCUCUACACUAGAAAACCUUGUCGGGGCGAUUCAGAUUAUCUCCCCAGCAUGCAAUUAGACAUGUUGCAGGGGCGGGCAUGUUCAUGCCACGGCCCCAGGGUAGCAGCAGGCUCACUUGAACCAGCCUUGUAUGUAUCUGCACGUUAUGUUUAGUACAUUUGAAGUAAGACGCUUCUGCAGUCAUUCACACAACCGCAUGUACAGAUGCCUGUAUGCAGGUACAACGUCACGUCCGAAUAGGGCUGAAGCUGGAUACAGGUGCCAAAACGGUGUCUCUGCAAGCCUCUGCUUGGUCCAAGCAGCCCCAAGGGGUGUAGCGGCUUCUCCUUCUUGUUUACGUGGUGGCAAACACCGCUCGCCAUUGCAUACACUGCACGGGCCCCGGGGCGAAGCCGAAGCCGUCCCUCUCCUCUGUGGCGUGGCGACUCCUUUUUCCCCAGGUUCUGCCCUAAACGCGCGGACCAGAACCAAGUAUGCAAUUUGUAUAUUUGCAGCUGUAACUAUGCAUGGCCCUCGAGUCUUCCCCCGUCUUUACCCUGCAUGGAGAAACAACCCGCUCUCCGACUUCUGUGCCUCGGCCCUGGGUUCGAAACUGAGUAACGAUACCCUCGCCUCUCACAAGCAACCGCUUCCUUUGCCUGCCGCCUUUUCUCUUCAAAACCUCUUAGUCCAGGUUCUGGCCAGCUUUCCCAGUGAUUCCCAGGCGGUGUUGACUACAACACCCAUCAUCUCCCACAGUGGUCUUUGGCUGUGGAUGAUGGGAGUUGUAUUCAACCCCACCUGGGAACCCGUUUCAUGGAACACGGAUUAUGGUUGUGCUUUCCCCAUCUUCGUUGUGCCUGCUUGCGGGGGCAGAAAGGGGGCUUAGAAGUGGGUUCGCACCAAGCAGAAGGGCAGCGUUGUACUGGGAUUCCCCGCCACUCUAGGGCAGGGUCCUAGGGGGUGGAGCCUGGGGCUGCUGUUGCUCUCAUUAUUACCAUUAUUACCAUUAUUAUUAAUUUAUGUGUUGUUUUAGAAGUAGAGAAGCUGCCCAUAGCUGUGUCGCGUGACGAGGGAGGAUUUUGCUGACGGCUUCCACAGUGAGUUAAGGAUGAUGCCCACGGGCUGCCCGGGACGGUGAUAUAUGCAACACAGCCAAGUGCCAAACGCCCCAGAACUGCAACCGCCUCCCCUGGCCCAGCGGCUUCAUCUUGAACUCGGCUCCCUAGAAGUAGGCCGGUCCAUCCACCAGCUACCUCCUCUUUGCACAUGGGCAGUGGCACUGUGCCUACUUCUAGCCUGUUGCUACCGGCAGCUUCACAACACCAGCAGUCUCUUAAAAAGUAGAAAAGGCUUUGAGUCAGGGGCACACGCUGUCCAGGUCUGGCUUGCUUCUCCCCGCUUUCCCCCUGCAAAAGUCCUACCCUGGGGCAAUUCCAAAGGUAACAGAAUCAGGCCCCUUUGCCACUUUCCCCAUGACUGUAGCCAUAAGCCAAUUUUCAGGUUGAUAUUCUAUAGACCCACUGGCAAGAGAAUUUCUCCUACUAAAAGGGUGUGUGUGUGUUUUGUUUUACAAAACUCUUAAAUAUCAUAUAGUGCCAAAAAUGUGCAAAAUGAGUUGGUAACAGAAUGGGAAACGGUGUCCAAAAAUUCUGAUUCCCUUACCGACAUAUCUUGCACAUUUCAGACACUAAGUACAAUAUUUAAGGGUUAAGAUAUGGCCUUACAGUAGGAAAAGUCCUUUUGCCAGUGGGUAUGCAGGAUAUCAACUUGGGAAAUUGCACAUGGCUACAGUAACUGAAAAAGCGGUAGUGUGCCCGAUUCCGUUACCUUUGCAAUGCCCCCCCCCCCCCGUGCUCAAAAUCUGGCAAUCCUGGAGGCAUUGCGUGCAGGGCGGCUGUGACUGGGUCUUAAUCUGCCCAAUAACGGCGACAGCUGUCAUCUUGGCUGAGCCAGAAGCUGCUUUCGAGAGAGGGUGAUCGAGGAUCGAGGAGGAUUGCCCUGAUCCUCGGAGAGCAGGGCGGGAGAGAUCCUGCUCCGAGAGGGAAGGAAGGCAAGGCAAGGCUGCUGCAGCGUGGAGACCGCCUCUCCCUCUUCAGAGCUACUGGAGUUUAGCGCCACAGCCUUUGAGCUUCCAGAAGUGAAGAGGACUGGCGCUCUGCUUGAAGUGCCUGGAGCAGAGGCACUGGGCCCAUUCUCGGGACUGACAGCUGUGUAAGAGGAGUGUCCAGCCAGGCUCGGAGCCUCGUGCGCCAGGGAAGUGAUUGUGUACUAGCAGCAAUUGUAUAGCCAGCACCGUAUCAAGGGCGGCGGAGAAGUCCGCCCCGCUCCACCUGACCAAAAUCGCAGCGAUCACUUCCCCUGCCCACCUGCCUCGAUUUUUGCCGACCCACUGCCGGUUCUUGGGAGCUCACGUGGGGCUUGGAGCCUGGCUGGCCAGCCAUGCCUCCUCCUCCUCCUCAGCUUUUUGGUUGUGAGAGUGAGCUUACUGUCUAUUCCCUGUGGGUAGGCAAGUGAUCUUCCUCCAAUCCCGCAGUGGCCAGCACUGCAGGAACCAGUUGAUAAAAAUAACCUCGCCUAAUAAGGUAGAUGGGAGCCGGUCUAAACGUGUUCUUGGAGCUCCGUUUCUCUCCCUCGCCCUCUGGAGCUUUGGGGGCCAGCCUUCCUUCCGCCCCAGCGAACUCCCCUAACACUGCCACAUUCCGAUACGACCAACACAGGGGAGGGAGCAUUGAGAUAACGGCGGUGCUGCAGCAGCCACUAACCCCCCGGGCCCACUCCCUCCAGUGAUCUGUCUCUUCUUGCAUGUUGAAACUGAGCCGUCGGUGGUGUGUGUUUGUGUGUCGGGAAGCUGUUGUGCUCUCCGGACCUUCCUCGAGGACUCAAAAGUUCUGCUGCCACGCCUCCUGCGGCAGUAUUCCACCUCCUUGCAGGGGGGGCGUCUGACCAAAUGUCCUUGACGGGUCUUUUUAUUUUUUGGAGGCUUCACCUGGAGUCCUACCGUUGCUGUGCCGCGUGAACCAAGUGCCCUUGUCGCCUCCCAUGGCCCUCCGACCCGCCUUGCUCCCCGUCUCGGUGGAUUUCAAACUGUUCCCGCCUUUCAGUGGUCUGUCCGUCUCCCUCCUUGCUUCCUUCAACCUCGUGUCCCCCACCCUUCUCCAGAACUUCAGGUGGAAGAACAGCUUCCUUUUUAUGGGUGUAAUUUCAUGUCGAUUAAAAGUAUUUAUAUCUGUGAAA